ACUGUUAUCUAUAUUAUAAUGAUUUACUAGCUAUUGGAUUUAAGAUAUAAAUGCAGUACUUGCUAAUCAUGAUAAUUUACUUUUAAGUGACGAUUAACUCGACCUUUCGUCAAUUGCAUGACCAAUACACAGAAGUGUUUAUGAUUUCACAGAUACAUAACAUUCCCACAAACGUGAUAGAACCGACACGGGGAAUCUAGAAUACGUUACAUUCCCACAACGUAGUAACACCAACAACGAGAGUUUAUCAUUACUUUCCUAUAUUAACUUCGUCAGCCUUAUUGGAAACGGUCUUAAUAUAUAUAUCAGUGAUACAUUUGUUCGGGGAAUACUAUUAUUAUAUUUGUUCAAUACAAUGAAAGACAACAAUAUCCUAGGACUGACACGACAGAAGUCCGGUUAUAAUUGACACAAAUAUUGCGAACUUCCAGGUCUACGCUCCAUAAACUCAUCGAACGGUUAAUAAUCCGGUUGCUACUCUUUAAGCCUAACAAACGUUUACAUUAUCUCAAAAGUAAAAGAAAAUUAUUGUUUUUCUAUAUUUAUAUUUACAUUUUCCGUUUGACAAUUGAUAAUUAAUUUGAAUGAAUAUUCAUAGAAUGAUAUAAACAAUGCAAAUCAAUGAAUGAGGAAAAUGAGAAGUUAUCGAUCUGAAAAAAUCUCAUUAAUUUGAAGGUACUUCUUGGAGCAACACAUUUCGCAGUAUAUAAGUGAGUAAAUAACAACGAAAAGAAAGCGAGAAAAUUUCAAAAGUUAUGACUGCGACGAACAUUACAGUUGAAGACCUAGGCAUAACACUAAACAUAUCAAUGACUACUCCACCGUACCGGCCGAGACCAAUACGUUUUGAUGCGAGCGGAGAGAUAAGGAUACCCCUUUAUGUUAUUAUAUUCCUGUUAUCAGUCAUAGGAAAUGUGUUGGUUAUUUUGACUUUAAUUCAGAAUCGUCGGAUGAGAACAGUGACAAAUGUGUUUCUAUUAAAUUUGUCCAUCAGUGACCUGUUGUUGGCCGUCUUUUGUAUGCCGUUUACUCUGAUUCCAUCACUCUUGAGGAAUUUCAUGUUUGGAGAAGUAAUGUGUGUCCUUAUUCGUUACUUGCAAGCUGUCUCAGUCUGUGUUAGUUGCUAUACACUUGUUGCUAUUUCCAUGGAACGUUUCUUCGCCAUUUGCUACCCACUCCGGUCAAGAAGGUGGCAGACACUGUCCCAUGCGUAUAAAUCUAUAAUUGGAAUAUGGAUUUUUGCACUUGUAUUAAUGAUACCAAUUGCCGCUGCACAAGAAAUUUUACCACUUCAAAAUGGGAAAGAAGCCUGCCGGGAGAUAUGGUCGACUAAGCUGAAAUCACUAUUUUUUGUAUAUAGUAUCGCCCUAGUCGUGAUUUUACUGUUCAUUCCAAUUCUUGUGAUGGGAUCAGCGUAUGGAGGCAUAUCGUAUAAGCUUUGGUUUACUAUUAAACAACAAGUACAGAUAAAGUCAGAGUCUACAGACAGAAUUUUGGACGUGAAAAACGAAUCUGAAUCAAACUUCAAAAAGAUUAAUGGAACAAUUAACAUAAGCUUACGUCAGUCAAACCAGCGUUCUAGCAACAGUAACCGAAAACGAGUGAUAAAGAUGUUGUUUGUCGUGGUCUUUGAAUAUUUCAUCUGCUGGUCGCCAUUGUACAUAUUGAACACGUGGAAACUGGUCGACUAUAUAGAUAUACACAUGCGCAUGUCUGAUAUAGCCUGGUCCCUUGUUUUGCUAUUAUCGUACACAUCAUCCUGCAUACAUCCUAUUACCUACUGUUUUAUGAACAAAAAUUUUAGAAAAGCAUUUAAAGGAGUCUUCCGUUGCUGUACAUUAAAAUCUAAAACAAUAAGUAGAUCGUGUACUGAAGUAAGUCAGUUAAACUCAACCACUUCACCUAUGAACCGACAAAGAUCGAAAGAUGAUACUGUGUAUAAAGAGUUCAGUGAUUAAGUUAUACUAAUUAUUGUUGGGGACAAAUGUCGAUAUCAAUAUUGGACCAAAUUUGUACGAUUGUGAUUGUUUAUACUUAGGACCGAUAUCAAUAAUGGACCAAGUUUGUACGAUUGUGAUUGUUUAUAAUUAGGACCGAUAUCAAUAUCGGACAAAGUUUGUACGAUAAUUGUGAUUGUUUAUAAUAAGAACCGAUAUCAAUAUUGGACCAAUCUUGUACGAUUGUGAUUGUUUAUAAUUAGGACCGAUAUCAAUAUUGGACCAAGUUUGUACGAUUGUGAUUGUUUAUAAUUAGGACCGAUAUCAAUAUUGCACCAAGUUUGUACGAUUGUGAUUGUUUAUAAUUAGGACCGAUAUCAAUAAUGGACCAAGUUUGAACGAUUGUGAUUGUUUAUAAUUAGGACCGAUAUCAAUAUUGGACCAAGUUUGAACGAUUGUGAUUGUUUAUAAUUAGGACCGAUAUCAAUAUUGGACCAAAUUUGAACGAUUGUGAUUGUUUAUAAUUAGGACCGAUAUCAAUAUUGGACCAAGUUUGAACGAUUGUGAUUGUUUAUAAUUAGGACCGAUAUCAAUAUUGGACCAAGUUUGAACGAUUGUGAUUGUUUAUAAUUAGGACCGAUAUCGAUAUAAUUAUUUGGCCAAGUUUGUAAAUUUGAAAACGUAUCCGCUAUAUGUAGAAACAAAGUCCUAUCGAAGUAUUUUUGAAAACCGAAUAUUCAUUGGGUACGUCAUCUGACAAAAGCUUCAACUAGAAGAUCGUGUCUUUAUCCAGAUACAUCAUACACAUUUGCUGGUCAUUUUUACAUUGAUAAUGAGUCACUGUACAUGAACUAAACUUAUUAAAAACAAUCACAAACAUUACAUGUAGGUUGUGCUCAUCCAGCUUUUGUUUUACAGUAAGACAUGUGUUUUUGUCCGUCAAUUGCAGUAAACUUUAGGAAAGGAAAUGCAACUAUUGAACUGUAUCUCAAUUAAAAAUAUUGAAUGUUACAAACAAAACGGUGAAAAAAGAAAUAAUCAUGAAAUAAUUAACAAUUAUGUGCACCUUUUAUUUGUUUUGUUGUUAUAAAGCGAAAUAUGUAUACUUAUAAAUAAAAUCUUAAUUUGAA